AUGCUGAAACCCGGCUUCAUCUGGCGGGCCGCGGCAACCACUGCCAGCUCGAGUUCCAUGCUGACAGAGAAGGGGCGGCCGUUCGCGUCGGUGGCACGUGAGGUAAAAAUGAUGCAGCAGCAUAUUGCCGCGCUUGUCAGCAACAGGAACAACGCCGUACUUGACCACGCCGCCAAAUACGUCGUUGCAUCAGGUGGAAAGAUGUUGCGCCCAACGCUGGUGGCAAUGAUGGCGCACGCGCUGCUUCCACCACAUGUCAGCGAGCAGCUUCGCGAAACUAGCAUUGACUCACUGGAUGAUAUUUCCCCUGGCACGAUUCGGCCAUUCCUGCGCCUUGGAGAAGUGACGGAGCUUAUCCACACCGCCUCCCUCGUCCACGAUGACGUCAUUGAUAACAGCGACACACGCCGUGGUCAACCCGCGCUUCACCGCGUUUACGACGCAAAGCUGGCUGUGCUGGCAGGUGAUUUCCUCCUCGCCCGUGCCUCGCUGUGGAUAGCCACUCUCCUUGUGCCUCGCAUCGUGGUGCUCAUGUCCACCGCACUGGAAGACCUUACCGCUGGUGAAAUAAUGCAGAUGGAUGGCUGCUUUGACCUUGAGAGUUAUGAACAGAAAACCUACUGCAAGACGGCAUCCCUUAUAGCUAACUCCCUCGCGUCGACGGCGGUUCUAGCAAAUCCGCAAAAUGCGGCGUAUGAAACUGCAGCGGCGGAGUUUGGAAGGCGCCUAGGUAUUGCCUUUCAAAUUGUGGAUGACUGCCUCGAUAUCACAGGUGACGAGAAGAAUUUGGGCAAACCAAAAAUGGCAGACAUCAACGAGGGCAUCGCAACCCUGCCGGUGCUUCUUGCCGCCCGGCAAGAGGCUCGCGUGGAUGAGGCAGUGCGGCGUCGCUUUAAGUAUCCGGGCGACGCGUCAAUGUGCAUGGAGGCGGUAGAGCGUCAUGGGUGUAUUGCGGAAGCCAUGGAGUAUGCGGAUAAGCAUUGCCGUCACGGCGUUGAAGCACUCAGUGUCCUUCACCACUCUGCAGCACGGGACUCGCUCGAAGCUGCGAUGGGCCUCGUUCUAACGCGGCAGAUGUGA